UUAAAGGUGCAUCUUUAAUAAAAUGAGAAAAUACAUAGAAAUGAAGGUGGUGGCAGUAACAAUGUUGUUUUCUUUGCAAUUUGUGGCUUCAUUAGCACAAGGUCCUAGUUUGAGCCCCAUCCUACCUCCAGCACAAACACCUCAGGGGCAAUCGCAAGAAGAGCAUUGCUGGGAAAGGAUUGGAAAUUGCAUCAACAAUAAUAUCAACAACACUGAAUCAGAGCCGCAGUUUGAUCCAACAAGUCCGUUGUUUAAUGCAACGGAAUACCUUUGCUGUCCUCUGAUUCAACAAAUAUCAAGUGCUGAAAGACCAUGUUUUUGUUCAGUGACCAUAUUUCUUCAGCAAAAUCCUUCCCAAGUACCCAAUGUUACCCAACUUCUAUCUACAUGCAGCAUUGUGGAUUCAGUCGCUUUUCUUGACAGCUUUUGCCUAGGUGUUGAAGCUCCGAUCCCCGCUGCAGCGCCAAUGAUGCCACCUCUAGGUUUUUUCUUCUUCUUUUAAAUUAUAUCAUCAUAAAACUUUAAUCCUCCCAUUUUCACAUUCUAACUUCAACUAUAUGUGUUCUAUAUCCUCAUCUUAAGCAUCAAUUAAAUUUUCAACUAUGCAUACACGUAUAUUCAUUGUGUAAAUAUAACUUUUAUUCGAAGUUGUAGAGCAUAAUUUGAACCAUCCGAAGCUCCAUAAUCUGGCUUUAU